UGUGUGUAUAUAUACAUUUGGUAUCUGCAUGACUGCAUGCAUGUUCCACUGGUUUUUAAUCAUUUUUUGAGUGGCUUUAUUGAGUGGGAGUUAGGGCUAAUGGGUGAGCAUAUAGUACGCAGUUUACUUGUGGUGAUUGUGGUUUUGGUUGCUUUCAUUGGUGAUUGUGGUGGUGUUUUGGGUGAUUUGGUUAAAGGAGUAAAAGAUGAAAAGAAAUUGUUUGGAAAACCUAUACCUAGGUUUGGAAGAGGUUUAGGUCGUCCAAUUUAUAGGAAGGGGUAUAAAUAUGGUGGUGGAGGACUAGGUGGUGGUGUUGGUGGUGGUGGAGGUCUAGGGGGUGGUAUCGGUGGUGGUGGUGGAGGUUUAGGAGGCGGUGGAGGUUAUGGGGGUGGUGGUCUUGGAGGUGGUGGAGGCUUUGGUGGUGGCGGUGGAUUGGGUGGUGGAGGUGGGAUAGGUCCCCGUGGACAUCUUGGAGUUGGUGGUAGGCUACCUCAUCGUGGAGGACCAAAAGGUGUUGGUGGUGGUGGCGGGCUAGGCCACCGUGGAAAUCUAGGUGGUGAUGGGCUAGGUCACACCGGAGGUUUAGGAGGUGGUGCGGGAGGAGGGUUUGGUGGUGGUGGCGGUGUUGGAGGUGGUGGUGGUGGUUUAGGUGGAGGUGUUGGAGGUGGACUAGGUGGUGGUGGUGGUGGUCUAGGAAGUGGUGCUGGAGGCGGACUUGGUGGUGGUGGUGGACUAGGUCACCAUGGAGGUCUAGGAAGUGGUGUUGGUGGUGGUGUAGGAGGUGGACUUGGUGGUGGUGGCAAACUAGGUCAUCAUGGAGGAUUAGGAGGUGGUUCUGGAGGUGGUAGUGGUCUAGGAGGUGCUGCUGGAGGUGGGCUUGGUGGUGGUGGUGGUCUAGGAGGUGGUGCUGGAGGUGGACUUGGUGGUGGUGGUGGACUAGGUCACCAUGGAGGUCUAGGAGGUGGUGCUGGAGGUGGGCUUGGUGGUGGUGGUGGUUUAGGAGGAGGUGCCGGGGGUGGACUUGGUGGUGGUGGAGGGCUUGGAGGUGGUGCAGGAGGUGGACUUGGCGGUGGUACGGGAGGUGGACUUGGUGGUGGAGGAGGGUUUGGUAGCGGUGGAGGACUUGGCGGUGGUGCAGGAGGUGGACUUGGUGGUGGUGGCGGACUUGGUGGAGGUGGUGGUGGUGGACUUGGUGGAGGUGGUGGUGGAGGUUUGGGCGGUGGUGGUGGAUUUGGGGGUGGUUCCGGUGUUGGUUUUGGAGGUGGUGCAGGUGGUGGCGGAGGUUUAGGUGGAGGUGGUGGCUUUGGAGGAGGAGGUGGUUCCGGUGGAGGUUUUGGAGCAGGCGGUGGCGUCGGCGGAGGUGGUGGAUUUGGCGGUGGCGAAUUUCACGGUUGAUAUAGGUGUGAGGUGAAGUUGGUCUUGGAGCAAGAGGUAGCCAUUGGAAGCCUACAUACAUUGCACCGAAAUCUUUCAAUGCAUUUUUUCUCUCCUAAAAGUUGUAUCGUUUGAAUUUGUUCCCAAAAUUUUACUGUUUGAAUCUUCAUGCAGUUGUUAAUAUUUUGCCAAUAACUAUCAAGGUUAAAUACCAUCCUAAGUUUUUAAAAUUUUAAUAUAUAAAUUUACUGUGUUAUACA